AUGGGAAUUCGUCUGAGUGCAGCCAGGCACUGGCAGCUCUCUGUAACCCAGCCAACUGGACGGGUGCUCGCUCUGCCCUUUCUGUUCCUCGCAGAUGGCACCGAAUGGAGCCAAUGGUCGAAGCUCGCUGGGUCUGCAGGCUAUACCUCCCAAGUGCUUAGCAUACCAAAGGCUGCACAAGCCAAUGCGCAGACAGCGGCAAGCAAAGUUGCGCACGAGCUUGCAAGAUCGUCCAAUGCAUUCCCGCCGCUCAUCUUCGCUCGAAGGGAGCUCGGUCUGAUAGCAGAGCACUAUUGCGAAUCAAAUGGCUCUGCGGGACUUGUACUCGUUGAGCCAGCGCGAUCAGACGCGCUAACGUACGAGCCGACGUUCCCAAUUGUCUUGAUAGGCAGCAAGCAAGACAAAGAAGGCCUGCGAGCCCACAGGCUACUCGUCGAUGCCGAUCCAGACGACGGCCCUGAGCUCAUAGUGACGGCAGACGAGCAGCAUGUCUCGCUCGAUCGGCCAGAGACGUUUGACCUGCUGCUCGACUGGCUCGAGCGAAGAGAUCUUUGA